GCAUUGGUAGGUUUUAGCUCCAAUUUUCUUCACAUCGUGAGCAUCACAAAUUUCAUCAUUAACAUCAUUACCACCUUCACCAUCAGCAGCAGUCAUGAUCUCUCGUGGUCUCCUACUGGGUCUGCUGGUUCUCACCUGCCUUCAGCUCUUCACAAAGGCCCUAAACGCAAAUGGACCAGACCAAUGCUGUUUCAGAUACCAGAGAAAUCCAAUCCCUAUCAGAGUCAUUACAGGGUAUAAAGUAACAGAACGUCACUGUGCAAAACCUGCAGUCAUCUUUACCCUGAUGAACAGCCGUCAGGUGUGUGUAGAUCCUGAUCUCGAGUGGGUGCAGAGACACAUGAGAAGAAUUGACCAGAUGGAGUACAAUAGAAUGAUUCAAUCUACAAACUCAACCUCUCAGUCCUGAAGACCUUCAGGAAGUUUUGUGUGCAGGUGGAGAGAAUAAAGCUAUAAAAGCUAUGAUAUAAUAAAAAUCUAAACAUAAACGUGACCUGAACUUAUUCUAUAGAGCCGAUAUAAAUUCAUUUAUUUUUUUAAUGCAUAAAUUAUUUCCUCAUUUUCAGGGUUUUCAUUCAUUAAGCACUUUGAAUUGUUCAUCUUUCUCUCUCUCUCUCUCUCUCUCUCUCUCUCUCUCUCACACACACACACACACACACACACACACACACACACACAUGAAUGUAUGUUGUACAUGUAUAUAACCUGUGGGUAAUUUGUUGUUGAAUUUAUGCAGAUUUGCAUAAUAAAUUUUUUACUCCUUU